AUAAAACACCGACGCAAAACCGCCUCAUCACCACGCACCCCCCGCUCCGGCCAUCCUCCAAACCGUCAGCACUCAGGCCACCGGAGCUUCGCUCGCCGACCGACUCGACUCGGCCGGCGAUGGGGAGGACGCUGGACGUGCUGCUAGGGCGAACCACCAAGCAGACGGCGCGCCUCAAGUCCCUCCUGCACCUCGCCACGAAGCGGAUCGCCGUGGUGCGCGCGCACCGGGAGGUGCGGUGCGCGCAGGCGCGGGGGGACGUGGAGCAGCUGCUGCGGCAGGGCCACCCGGACCGCGCCCUGCUCCGCGCCGAGCAGGUCAUCCGGGAGCGGGACACGCUCGACGCCCUCCUCCUGCUCGACGCCUACUGCGCGCUCCUCGCCGACCGCUCCGCGCUGCUCGACGACGCGCACCGGGGCUGCCCCGACGAGCUGCGGGAGGCCGCGGCGGGGCUCUGCUACGCGGCCGCGCGCUGCGGGGACCUGCCCGAGCUGCAGGAGGCCCGCGCCCUCCUCGCCGCCAGGUUCGGCCGGGGCUUCGCGUCCGGCGCCGCCGAGCUCCGCGCCGGCUGCGGCGUCAACGCCAAGCUCGUGCAGCGGCUCUCCACGGCCCUGCCCAGCCUCGAGAGCCGCCAGAUGGUGCUCCUCGAGAUCGGCGCCGACAAGGACAUCCCCGUGCGCCUUCACAGCCACGCCGCCGACUCAUACGAGGAUCCGGCCGGCCGCUCCCACCAUGGCCAUGGCCAUGGCCACAGGAAGAAGGGGCACGACGACGACGACGACGAGCGGCGGCACGCGACGCCGCGGGCCGACCAGCCGGAGGGAGACAAGGCCGCCUCGAAGCUGACAUUCAAAGACGUGGAAGAGGCGGCGCAGGCCGCGUUUGAAUCGGCGGCCACGGCGGCCGCCGCAGCCAAGGCUGCCAUAGAGCUCUCGCGAGCAGGCUCUGGCAGCACCGACGACAGGCACAGGAGGAACCCAGGAAGGGCGCAUGCCGACGAUGAGACGCUCCACGGCGGCGACGAUCUGGCCGACGGCAAGGCCAUCAAGAGGAUUGGACAUGUUCGGAACUACAGCUCAGACGCAGAGGAUCUCCCAGAGAAGAAACGCGGAGAAGAGCAGGAUACGCCCAGGAGCAGGCCGGCUUCAGUCAGGACGAACAGAAGACUCUAGCAGAGUAGCAGAUUAGCUGCAGUCAUAUGCCUAUAGCAGAGAUGGUUUCUUGAUUUAGUUGUAUUGAUUGAUAGCAGUUGAACUUUUGCAGCUAUAUAUUGCAGAUCAUUCAUUAUUAAAUUUUGUGUAUGCGAUGUAAAUAGAGAAUUGAGAGAGUAAAUAUUAAUAUGAUUCCGAUUUUUCACCGAA